ACUAUAUAUCGGCGGUGCUUCUACUGACUCACUCACAUCGUGCUUUGAUUCUGGAAUCUAGGUUUAAAGUUUAAACCUUUGAGAUCACUAUAUCACAAAUGGAGCUCAAUUUUUCUUCAAUGGCUUUAACCAACCCCAAAAUCCCUUCUUUCGGUUUUACACCCACCGGAAUAUUCCUAAACCCAUCAAAAUCAGUGCGUUUGGCUUCUCAUCAUCGGCUUCCGAGAGUUUCAUGCUCUGUUUCUACUACUGAUUCUCCGAAGCUAGUGACUUCAAGAAAGGUGGUGGCAAUGGCUGGAGUGAGCUCUAGAGACUUGGAGAUGUCGAAUUUAACGGCAUUGUCGCCUUUGGAUGGACGUUAUUGGGGAAAAGUUAAGGACUUGGCUUCUUCUCUGAGCGAGUUUGGAUUGAUCUAUUUCCGAGUAUUUGUCGAGAUCAAAUGGCUUCUGAAGCUUUCGAAUAUUCCUGAAGUCACUGAAGUUCCAAGCUUUAGCAAAGAAGCUCAGAGUUACUUGCAAGGGAUAAUCGAUGGAUUUAGCAUAGAUGAUGCAUUGGAAGUUAAGAAUAUUGAGAGAAUAACAAAUCACGAUGUGAAAGCAGUGGAGUAUUUCUUGAAACAAAAGUGUGAAUCACAACCAGAGAUUGCUAAGGUUCUUGAGUUUUUCCAUUUUGCUUGCACGUCUGAGGACAUCAACAAUCUUUCCCAUGCUUUGAUGCUUCAAGAAGCACUUAGUUCGGUUAUACUUCCAUCCAUGGAUGAGCUGAUCAAGUCUAUCUCUCUGAUGGCUAAGAACUUUGCGUAUGUCCCCAUGCUUUCACGAACUCAUGGGCAGCCAGCUACGCCAACAACUUUAGGAAAAGAAAUGGCGAUUUUUGCUGUGAGGUUAAGUGAAGAAAGGAGAUAUCUUUCUGAAACUAAGAUUAAGGGGAAAUUUGCGGGUGCUGUUGGGAACUACAACGCCCAUAUUUCCGCAUAUUCGAAUAUUGACUGGCCUCAUGUUGCAGAGGAUUUUGUUACUUCUCUUGGAUUAACAUUCAACCCAUACGUGACUCAGAUUGAACCUCAUGACUAUAUGGCUAGACUUUUUAAUAAUAUUAGCCAAUUCAACAAUAUUUUAAUUGAUUUUGACAGAGAUAUAUGGAGCUACAUAUCCAUGGGGUACUUUAAGCAGACAACUAAAGCGGGUGAAAUUGGAUCAUCGACAAUGCCUCACAAAGUGAAUCCUAUUGACUUUGAGAACAGCGAAGGGAACCUAGGGAAAGCUAACGCAGAGCUUACUUUUCUCAGCAUGAAGCUUCCCAUUUCACGGAUGCAGCGUGAUUUAACUGAUUCAACUGUCUUGAGAAACAUGGGUGGAGCUUUAGGACACUCUCUUCUCGCUUACAAGAGUGCGAUACAGGGAAUCGGGAAGCUUCAGGUUAAUGAAGCUCGUUUAAAAGAAGAUUUGGAUGAUAAUUGGGAAGUCCUUGCUGAACCGAUACAAACUGUGAUGAGGAGAUACGGUGUCCCUGAGGCGUAUGAAAAGCUGAAGGAGCUAACAAGAGGAAAAGCUGUGAAUGAAGAAAGCAUAAGAACGUUUAUCAAAGGUUUGGAAUUGCCUGCAGAAGCAAAAGACCAACUUUUGGAACUAACUCCACACACAUAUGUUGGUGCUGCUGCUGCAUUGGCACUAGCCGUGGAUGAAGCUUUGCACUUGGGACAUUGAUGAUGAUCAAAGUGGUGAUAGAUUGUCCUCUUGUAUUAUGGUACUCUUUUCCAAAUCAAUGGAAAACAGAGUCAAUUUAUAUAUAGAUCGAUGACUUGGACGUCGUCGUUUAAAAUGUUGUACCAUUUUGUUGUGUUAUGUUAUGUUUCCACUUUGAGUUUUUGGCCAUCACCAAUCAAUCCAGAGCCUGUCUUUGAUCUAAGUCUUGAACUAUAAAUUGUGGUCAAUGAUUCUGGAACCAGUAAAAAUUAUUGUAUUUUAACA